CAUUAUCUUCCAAUUUCUUCUUGACAAGAAUUACCAAAAAAAUUUAUUCUUGACAAAGGCACAGAACAGAAUCGAGACAUAACUGGUCAACAAUUAAGUUGCGAAUUCAUUACAGUAUCUGUAUCUGUGAGCCUGUGACAAACUUGUGAGUUAAGAUUUUUCAACAACGGUUGUGGGGUUAGUUUGGUCUUUUCAGAAAUUUACACAAAUGCGAACCCAAAAAGGAAAUAGUCCACAUGGAGAGCAACGUGGUGCAACCCGCACAAGAAAACAGCGGCUUCGCGCGGCCUUAAAUUCACUGACUCUGACGUGUCGUAGGCAUCGACCUCCGAAACGCACCGCAUCACAACAAAAACAGCAAACAAAACGACUAAACAGUCAACCGUAACAUUAAACCCCCUCCCUCCUUCCCCACAACACACUUCUCCUUCAAAACACCAUGACUUCAUUCCACUGAUAAACGCCAUAAAAAUGGUUGCUGCUGCAGCUCCAGCUCCAUCGCCAUAUCCUGCACGCGCACCCACCCUAUCCAUUCCCAUCAUCACAGCCACCUCACUCCAUGCAUCAUCUCCGCCGUCCAAGUACCCCAUCGACUUUUCCCCGCCGUUGAUCGCCAUGGUGGUCGUCGUCGCCACCGCCUUCCUAAUCGUCACUUACUCCCGCCUCAUCUCCCAACACGUCAUCCCGCCAAUCCUCCGCCUCCAACGACGCUGGCGCCGCCGUCGUCGCCGCUCCUACCUCCCCUCCUCCAUCGGCGACCUAGACUCUCCACGGUACGACUCGUCGUUUGACCCGGCCGACCUCGGCUUCCACGCCUUCUCUCCCUACGGCCUCGACGAGUCGGUCAUCAAAACGAUCCCGCUCUCUCUCUACACGUCCAAAACGACGUCGACCGGUUUGAAUAAUCCUCUCAGUAAAGACUGCGCCGUUUGCUUGAUCGAGUUCCAAGACGACGACUACGUACGCACUCUUCCGGUCUGUUCGCACGUGUUUCACGUGGACUGCAUCGACAUGUGGCUUCGAUCUCACGCCAACUGUCCUCUCUGCCGUGCCGGAAUAUUCCGCCCGGAGUCUCCGUUCGUUCCGUUGAUGGCCGCCAGGAUCCGGCCGAGCCUCGACGACGCCGUUUUCAGGAGCAUCGCGCUCGAGCCGCUUGCCGAAGCUCCGGCGUCUCGGGAUUCCGAUUCGAUCGUCACCGAGAUCGAACGGUGCGCGGAGGAGCGGUCGCCGAGGAGGAGCUCCAACUACUGGGAGGAUUAUCGGAUCAACGGCGGAGAUUUCGUCCUGAAGCGGUCACACUCGUUCGGAUUCGAGCGGAGCUCGGCGUCAGCGGAGAGGAUGAUGGUGACGGAGCCAGCGACGGCGUCACCGUGGCGGUACCGGAGAGGAAGCUUCUGGAGCAAGCGGCCGUCGCCCUUCGGGUCGUUGACGAAGGCUCGGGUCUUCUCCUUCAGGUCAACGUACAGAGGCGGCGUGAAUAUGAAAUCGCCUUUCUUCCGCCGGAAAUGCUUCUUCCCGCUGACGGAGCCGAGCGCGAGAUUCUCCGGCGGCGGCGCAGGAGGAUCGUCUCGCCGGAGCAAGUCGAUGACGAGUCCGAUGUUCAUGAGAUCAUCGGCGAUGUCAGCUUUCUCGUCGAGCCGCCUCCGGUGCGGAGAUCCAGAGGCGUUGUUAUCGCCAGAGAGGUUUAACAGAAGAUAGAAACCAAAAGAAAAGAUCGGAACGAUUAAAUUCUGGAGAGACACGUGGAGGGAGGGGAUGGAGCGAGGAAGGGGGGAGAACAGACGGUGGGAAAUGGGAGAGUCGGAGAGUAAAUGAGGGCUGGUGCGGUCAUUAAUUGGGGGGCUGAGGAGGCAUUAAAUGCCCAGAAUUGACGAGAGAGAAGGAGAGCAAGAAAAACACACAAAACAAAACAAAAAACUGGGGUUUUAUAGAGAGGCUCAUAAAUGAGACAGAUUUAAUGGGUUUUGGCGCCAUUUAUUUGUGUUAGAGCAAAAACCCACCGACAAUAAUGCAAAAUGCCAUGUGAGCUGGGGUUAGAGCUAUAAGUCUAGUGGCAAUUUGGGGGUUUGGGUUGGUUUAGGUUUUUUUUUUUGGGGGUAGGCACUAGGCAGAGAAAACAGAGAAAGAGCAGGAUGUGAAGAAGUGCAAUGGGUUCAGUGUUCUUCUGUACUUGUCUUUGUCAUUCUUUUCAUCCCAUUGACUAUAGUGGGUUGGUAGAAUGUGUGGUCGGUCGUCCACAUUGUAGAAAGUCAACGCCACAAGUUGGGUAAUUUUUGGUGUUUUAGAUCUCUGUGUAAUAUUUGUAGCAUUUUGGGUCCUUGUUGAUGCAUGGAUCAUGUAAUUUAGAACAAAGAAUUUUUGGGGUUGAAAUUGAAUUGCAGGCAGACUUCUUUUCUUCAA